AUGUCUACAGAUGAUACUACUAAUGUCAUUCGUGGAUCAGCGUCAGCGCAUAGCUCACCCGAACAACUAAAGAGCACAGCGAGCACACCCGGCGCAACUCGUCGACGUCCAUGGGACGUAAUACAGAACGGCGGCGUUGCCCCUCGAGCGCGAGUCGGACCCAAUCGAGAACAAUUCGCAGAGAUACCCAGCAUCGACGAAGCCAUCACUCAAUUCGAGAAGCAGUUCUUUCCCGGUCAACCUAAAUCUCUAUCUGGAAUCGCAUUGCGAUCUUUCCUCGUCGGUAUCGUCCUUACGAUUUCUAUGUUCGCUACCUUCUACCUCUUCUUCGUUACCAAUUCGAUAUUCUGGCGCAUCCCCUUCUUCAUCUCCUCUCUCGCAAUCUUCCAUUUCCUCGAGUUUUGGACCACAGCGAGAUACAAUACCCCGGAAGCAUCUAUCUCCUCCUUCCUCUUUAGCGGCAACGGUUCUGCAUACAACAUUGCGCACAGCGCUGCCGUCACAGAAUUUCUCAUCACCAAUACAUUUUUCCCCAAUGGAUCUUCAUACCGCAUCUUUGGUCUACAAUAUCCCCCUUCCAUAUCCUUGUUCAGUUCUCGAACCCAAAAUAUCAUUCUCGUUUUCGGUCUCAUCCUCAUAAUCGUAGGCCAAACGAUCCGAUCAGUAGCCAUGGUACAGGCUGGCAGGAGCUUUAAUCACAUUGUUCAGUUCACUCGAUCGCGUUCUCAUACACUUGUCACAACUGGUUUAUAUGCAUGGUUGCGCCAUCCCUCGUAUUUUGGAUUCUUUUGGUGGGGAUUGGGUACACAAAUGGUUUUGGGAAAUUUCUAUUGUUUUUGGGGAUAUACGCUUGUUCUGUGGAUGUUUUUCAAUAGGAGAAUUAAGGGGGAAGAGGCUUUGUUGAUCAAGUUCUUUGGGGAUGAGUAUGUGCAGUAUAGGCAGGUCUCAUGGGUGGGGAUCCCUUUCAUCUAG